UGAGCUGUUGCCAAGUUGUUUGUUCUGAAGAAAUACAAGAGGAAUGGUUGGGUGUGAAUGUAAUAGUUGGACAUUAGGAAAAUGAUUAAGCAAAUAUGGCACUCCUGCGUCUGACCAGAUUUUUCUUCUUCCUUUGCUGAUAGUGGCCUGCUCUUCACUCUUCCAAGUAUCUUUACUAGUGGAGACUUACCUCUCAUGGGCUCUGUUAGUUCCCAGAAAAUCACUGAAUGACAACACUAGAAACAAAAUCAUUCUAGUUAACAUUUCCUCAAAAGUACAUAGUUAUAGCUACUUCUUUUACUCAAAAUAGUAUAUUCAAAACUAAACCUAUUUGACCAUCUCAUAGCUCUCAGUUUUUGUUUGCUGGUCAUAAUAAUAAUCUUAAGGAAGCCCUUUGUAAUUGGACAUUGCUCAGAGGUGAUGCUGGAGAAGGGAGGAUAGGUGUUGUUUAAUUCUGAGACACCUUGCAUGCUAGACUGAAUUAUACGGUACAAGAUAAGCCAUGGAGAACUGUGACACAUUCCUGAGUACAGUCAUUGUUUUGAUGAUCUAUUAUUUUGCUAGAAUCUACCCUGAAACUUGAUGACUCAAAACAACAGUGUAUUAUUAUCUCUCAUGAUUUUGUGGGUUGAUGAGGCUCAGCUAGGUGGUUCUCAUUUGGGGCCUGUCAUGCAGUUGUAGCCAGACAGCCACUAACUAGAAUUGACUGGCCUAACAUCCAAGAUGGUGCACUGCCAUGGCUGGAAUGUACUUUGGCUGACAGCUGGGGCUGUGGAUUGGAGCACCUAUACAUGGUCUACAUGUGGCUCGAGCUUCCUAACACUAUGGUGGUCUUGGGACAGUCAUGGUCCUUACCUGGCAAGCUCUGGGCAUCAAGACUGAGUGUUCUAAGAGGCCCAGGAAGAACCUGAAAGGCUUUUUAUGAUUGAGCUCAGAAAUCCCAGAAAGUCAAUUCCACCAUAUUCUAUUGGUUGAAAUUGUUUGAAAAAGUCAAUAAGCCAGUCCAGAUUCAAGAGGAGGAAAAUUAGACUUUACCUCUAAAUUAGAUGAGGAGCAAAGAAUUUGCAGUUAUCUUUAGUUUACCACAUUGAUCUUAUUAAAAGGAAGCCACCUAGAGAAAAUACAUUGACAGUUAUAUUCAGAAAGAUUAAAAGGUUGAAAGGCUCCAACACGAAAAUCUAGAUUUUGGAAAUUGCUUGUGUAAAAGGAAAAGUGACAAAACUUAGAGAUCAAUUACAAAAAAUUGCAGAAAACCAAAGAUGGUGGGACUGUGUGGAAUUACAAGGGAAAGAGUAUUACAUUUAAGAAUAAGUUUAAAAAGGGUUGUAUUCUUCCUACAUGUCUGGCAUAUGAUGGAGCACAGAGGUUAGAACAGGCACUUCUUGGAUGAUGGGAAGGGCUGCCUUUUGGGUGACCAUAGACAGUUCAGUUCCUGGUGCUUCAAAUUUUAUGUGUUAAAGCAAUCAGAAGCCAGUGGCGUGAGAGACAGAGGCCACCAAUCUGGUUCUGUUAGGUGCAACAGUACUUGGAUGUCACCAAGUCUAUUGGCCUCUGGAACUUACUGUGCUAUAUCUAUUAACAUGGGAAAAACCAGGUGCAAGAAGCCUUUUUCACUCAUUUGCCUUCAUUGAGCAAGAUUCAAGCUGCAAUUAGAACAAACAGUUGGCUGGUCUGCCUGUCACUUACGUCUUAUCUUCCUCCUCUUAUUAAGGAGGUUAAGAAAUGGUUUAUUGCCUAUGACCGUCUUAUGAAAUAUGUCACACUUUCUCAUCAGCUCUUAUUUCCUGUUCACAUGUGGCUUUCUGGUUGGUAAAGGUCUUAUUAAAUCAGAGGAAUUUGAACGGAAAGAUGAUCAUAGCAGCCCACCACCAAUUGCCUAGGGAAAGGGAGAGUGUUGAGUAGAUUGAAACUGAGAAGUUGUAGUGAGAAAAAGUAAGGCGAAAUGCAGAUAAGAAAAUAGUUACUUGAAAGUCAGCAGAUGGAAAAUGUAUGAGAGGAGCGAAAAAAAACCUAGGCUGUAGAAGGAAGUCCAUCUAGGACAGUGGUUUCCAAUCUGUGUUGUGGUUCUGUGAGAGUUUACUGGCAGUGCCAUAAAUAACAAAAAUAUGUGUAGCAAAUUAAGAAUCACAGAGGCCCUCUGUGCAAAAAUGUAAUUUUCUUUAUUUCUUUACAAUUGAAGCCAACUAGGCUUAGGAAUUCUCAUUUCCACCUGAUGGUAGAAAAAGAUCUCACUAAUUUAGAGUUGUUUUGUCCCCACUGGUUCAAGAUUCAGUCUCUCUGGGGGUAGUAACACAAUCUCUUCAGAAUUCUUUCCUUCCAAACCCUGCAUUUGUUUUUUCUGAAGGAUCAGUGGAGUUCUUUGGGGGUGGUGGGGCUAAAGUGGACCGAGCGGAAGAAUGGUUGUCCUGGUGUCCCGGGAGGGGUUCUGGUCCAUGAGUUAUCCUCUGUUCUUGAAAACUUCAGCUAGGACCAUGCUUGUCCCAUCAGACUAGGUCCAAGGGCUCUUUGGUCUUCUUAGCUUCUUCACUGCCCCCUUUGAGUGUCCGGGGACUCUCAGCUGCUUUACUUGAACACUCUGGGAUGCACUGGACUUUUCUCAAGGCAGCCUGUCCUGAGGCCCAGGCAUAUCUGCUGCCAGGCCUGCUGCUUGGCUCAGGCCAUGCUGGACACGGGGGCUUUGCUAUGACCCUGGUGGCGUCCAGAACUAGGCUGGGAAGCCAAAUGGCAUCCCUCUCUUCCAGUCUUCUCCAUCAACCUCUUCACUCAGGAGGAGGCCAGGUGAUGCUGUUUGGAUAUUUGUCCCUGCCCAAAUCUCAUGUUAAAAUGUAAUCCCCAGUGUUGGAGGUGGGGGCUGGUGGGAGUUGUUUGGAUCAUGGGGGUAGAUCCCUCAUGAAUGGCUUGGGCCAUCCCCGUGGUGAUAAGCGAGCUUUUGCUCUGAGUUCACAUGAGAUCUGGUCAUUUAAAAGUGAGUGGCACCUCCCGCACCUCUCUCUCGCUUCCUCCUGCUCUGGCCAUGUGACGUACCUGCACCUCCUUCACCUUCUGUCAUGAUUGUUAGUUUCCUGAGGCCUCCUCAGAAGCCCAACAGAUGCCAGUGCCAUGCUUCCCGUAUAGCCUGCAGAACCAUGAGAGAAUUAAAUCUCUUUUCUUAUAAAUUUCCCGGUUUCAGGUAUUUUUUAUAGCAAUGUAGGAAUGGCCUAACACACCAGGAUUUCUCUUAUUAGGUGAUGCUGAAGAGUGGAAGCUCUGAGUCACUCCUCAGAGACCUUUCAGGGUCUAGUAAACAGCAGCUCCCUCCCUCUGCUUCUCCCCUUCCCACCUGCUGGUCAACUCUGUUCCUUGGAGUGGGAACAAAAACAAAUAGCUUUACAUUACCAUACAUUCUUCUGUACUCCGUGGUUUGUGAUGUAAACCUUAUGGUCUAAGUUGUCCAAUACUUUGGCUUUGGAGGUUCAAGGAAAAAAAAAAACAUAAAAUACUUCUUCUUUCAAGCCUAGCCUUAAUGUUUAUAAUGGACAGUCUUUCAAAAUGUCCUGCCACAUGGGCCAUAGGAGAUGCUUUAUUUUUUAGGCAUUGGAUUAUGUUGUGUUGGUCAAUAUGAUUUUGUUUCAUGUGCAUUGUCAGAAACUCUUCCCAAAGAGGGUCCUGGGAUCUGAUCAGCUAGACAGGUGGAGGAGAAACUGAAAACCCUCAGGGGACAGGGUCUCAGUUAAGUCUCCUGAAUGAUAAGCAUUUCAGAGGUGGGAGGGAGACACCCCGGAAGGUGUCCAGAGGCUAACAAUGCUAUUUCUGUUUCUUGUAAGUUUUUGUCCAAGAUGUGGACCAUUGGAUUGCAUCACUAGCAUACAAUGUCAGUGUAAGCGGUAGGCUUUACACUAAAGCAUGUUGAUGUGCUCAGAGCAUUUUUGUGGUGCUGAGACCAGAGCAGAUAGGGAUACAGGGAUGACAGUCUCCACCUUACGGGAGCCUCCUACCCAGGGGAUGGAGUGAGACAGGCAGGCACACCAGUUAUCCAAGGAAAGGAAAUAAAGGGAAGGAGAGAGUCAGUGAAAGUGGUCAGGAUGGCUAAGUAAGGGAGAAGGUGACUUCAAGGUCCCAGAUAGAACAGUGGUUAUAAGGUGAGAAAGAGGAGGUCUUCCGAUUCCAUUUCUGUGUUGGGCAGGUGUUUGAGAGUCCCACCUGGGUCUAGAGGCCUGCAUGUCAAGCAGGACACUGGGUAGGAGUGGCUGAACGGGGACAACACUUAAAAAAGACAAAAAUUACGGAUUUUAUUUCUACAUGGUUGCACAAAUCAAUUUCACUUUCUACUUGUAAACUGCUUAAAAACCUUCAUUAUGAAAAUGGAAGGACGAAUUUAUGUUCACCAUCAUAGUGCUUCUGGGCUGGUUCCACAGCAUGGAGCCAGGCCCACGUUCUGUAGCUUUCAGAACUGCCAUUUGGACACGUGGUUGAAGCAGCCUUCAGUUGGAGGAUUCACAGUAAUGGCAUCACUGUGGGAGCUUAGAGGAACAACUGCUUGCAACCCUAGCUGCACUGGAAUUACCUGGGAGCUUUAAAAACACUGCCUUUUGGGCCUCAGCCCCAGAGACUCUGACGUGGCUGAUCUGAACACAGGAGUGUCAUGUCCUCCCGUGAUUCUGAGUGGAGUCAAGGCCGUGAGACCUUCUGCUGUAUAAAGGAAUAUUGAGAGCUGGGAUUGUUAAGGAAUUCUCAUAAUGCUACGUCACUGGCCUCUGAUGUAAGCCUGCUUUCUCGAGAAAAAGGAACCAUAAAAGCUUCUGGAAACAGAUUGUUUAAGAAUGAGAAAUUGUCAUCAUGCCAGGUUGCAAGACAGCUUUUAGGGCAGAUGAGCUUCUGCUGCUCAUUCCUUCAUCUUUUCCUCCAGCCUGGAUUUGUCCGGGGGCAGCUGAGGCUCAGGUUACCUCAAUUCUUGAGUUUCUAAAGAGGCAUAUCCAGGGGUGGGUUACGAGAACAAGAGCCUGCCCAGUCUGAAAGGGAUGCAGGAAGGGGCGGUGUGUACUAGAAGGAAGGAAGCUAUCAUCAUUUAUUAAAACUCUUCUUGGAGGAUGGCCCAUGAAGACCUCCAAACAAGCUGGAGGGGCCAGUCACUUGCUGAAGACUAGCGAAGUGGAGGGGGAAAACCCGAGGGAGCUGCAGACUCGACCACUGCGCCCUCCCCUCCUCUCCCUGCAAGGAGCCCUAGGUGUGAUCCUGCCAGGCGUUCGUUCGCUGCAUGACCUUGGCCAUCCUUCCAUUCCCCUGGGUGUGAAUUCUCAUUGGCAAAGUGAGCUGGUGGGCAUAAGUGGGUUUUAAGUUUAAAAAUUUAAAAACCCUGUCUGCCCCCAACUGUGGUAUCAAGAUUUUAUAGUAUGACACUUAAAUUGCUUUUUUCAUCCGGGCGCGUAACAGCAACAAUGAAACCAGCAGAUAACGCGUGAGUAGUAUCAGCUCUGGGCCUGGCACUAUUUUAUAUGUAUUAGCUCAUUUUUUUUAAAAACUGUUCUCAACCACUCCAUGAGAUGAGUGCUGUUAUGAUCCCUUUUCACAGAAGAGGAAACGGAGGUACAAAGAAAUUAGUGCACAAAGCCAGUCGGAGAGAGCCCGGGGCCAGGCACCAAGCUCCAGAGGUCGCUCUGGCGAGCGUUUGCUUCGGGAUCUGAUGCCCUGCAGUCGCCAACUCAAUUCGCGGGUCGCAGCCAGGCUCCAUGGGGGUAGUAGAGCCAGGUCUUGGUGGCUAGGUAGACGCACCCUCUGAAGAUGGUGACUUCCUCCUGAGAAGCUGGACCCCUUGGUAAAAGACAAGGCCUUCUCCAAGAAGAAUAUGAAAGUGUUACUCAGACUUAUUUGUUUCAUAGCUCUACUGAUUUCUUCUCUGGAGGCUGAUAAAUGCAAGGAACGUGAAGAAAAAAUAAUUUUAGUGUCAUCUGCAAAUGAAAUUGAUGUUCGUCCCUGUCCUCUUAACCCAAAUGAACACAAAGGCAAUAUAACUUGGUAUAAAGAUGACAGCAAGACACCUGUAUCUACAGAACAAGCCUCCAGGAUUCAUCAGCACAAAGAGAAACUUUGGUUUGUUCCUGCUAAGGUGGAGGAUUCAGGACAUUACUAUUGCGUGGUAAGAAAUUCAUCUUACUGCCUCAGAAUUAAAAUAACUGCAAAAUUUGUGGAGAAUGAGCCUAACUUAUGUUAUAAUGCACAAGCCAUAUUUAAGCAGAAACUACCCGUUGCAGGAGACGGAGGACUUGUGUGCCCUUAUAUGGAGUUUUUUAAAAAUGAAAAUAAUGAGUUACCUAAAUUACAGUGGUAUAAGGAUUGCAAACCUCUACUUCUUGACAAUAUACACUUUAGUGGAGUCAAAGAUAGGCUCAUCGUGAUGAAUGUGGCUGAAAAGCAUAGAGGGAACUAUACUUGUCAUGCAUCCUACACAUACUUGGGCAAGCAAUAUCCUAUUACCCGGGUAAUAGAAUUUAUUACUCUAGAGGAAAACAAACCCACAAGGCCUGUGAUUGUGAGCCCAGCUAAUGAGACAAUGGAAGUAGACUUGGGAUCCCAGAUACAAUUGAUCUGUAAUGUCACUGGCCAGUUGAGUGACAUUGCUUACUGGAAGUGGAAUGGGUCAGUAAUUGAUGAAGAUGACCCAGUGCUAGGGGAAGACUAUUACAGUGUGGAAAAUCCUGCAAACAAAAGAAGGAGUACCCUCAUCACAGUGCUUAAUAUAUCGGAAAUUGAAAGUAGAUUUUAUAAACAUCCAUUUACCUGUUUUGCCAAGAAUACACAUGGUAUAGAUGCAGCAUAUAUCCAGUUAAUAUAUCCAGUCACUAAUUUCCAGAAGCACAUGAUUGGUAUAUGUGUCACGUUGACAGUCAUAAUUGUGUGUUCUGUUUUCAUCUAUAAAAUCUUCAAGAUUGACAUUGUGCUUUGGUACAGGGAUUCCUGCUAUGAUUUUCUCCCAAUAAAAGCUUCAGAUGGAAAGACUUAUGACGCAUAUAUACUGUAUCCAAAGACCGUUGGGGAAGGGUCUACCUCUGACUGUGAUAUUUUUGUGUUUAAAGUCUUGCCUGAGGUCUUGGAAAAACAGUGUGGAUAUAAGCUGUUCAUUUAUGGAAGGGAUGACUAUGUUGGGGAAGACAUUGUUGAGGUCAUUAAUGAAAACGUAAAGAAAAGCAGAAGACUGAUUAUCAUUUUAGUCAGAGAAACAUCAGGCUUCAGCUGGCUGGGUGGUUCCUCUGAAGAGCAAAUAGCCAUGUAUAAUGCUCUUGUUCAGGAUGGAAUUAAAGUUGUCCUGCUUGAGCUGGAGAAAAUCCAAGACUAUGAGAAAAUGCCAGAAUCGAUUAAAUUCAUUAAGCAGAAACAUGGGGCUAUCCGCUGGUCAGGGGACUUUACACAGGGACCACAGUCUGCAAAGACAAGGUUCUGGAAGAACGUCAGGUACCACAUGCCAGUCCAGCGACGGUCACCUUCAUCUAAACACCAGUUACUGUCACCAGCCGCUAAGGAGAAACUGCAAAGAGAGGCUCACGUGCCUCUCGGGUAGCAUGGAGAAGUUGCCAAGAGUUCUUUAGGUGCCUCCUGUCUUAUGGCGUUGCAGGCCAGGUUGUGCCUCAUGCUGACUUGCAGAGUUCAUGGAAUGUAACUGUAUCAUCCUUUAUCCCUGAGGUCACCUGGAAUCAGAUUAUUAAGGGAAUAAGCCAUGACGUCAAUAGCAGUCCAGGGCACUUCAGAGUAGAGGGCUUGGGAAGAUCUUUUAAAAAGGCAGUAGGCCCGGUGUGGUGGCUCACGCCUAUAAUCCCAGCACUUUGGGAGGCUGAAGUGGGUGGAUCACCAGAGGUCAGGAGUUCAAGACCAGCCCAGCCAACAUGGCAAAACCCCAUCUCUACUAAAAAUACAAAAAUGAGCUAGGCAUGGUGGCGCAAGCCUGUAAUCCAAGCUACACCUGAGGCUGAGGCAGGAGAAUUGCUUGAACCGGGGAGACGGAGGUUGCAGUGAGCCGAGUUCGGGCCACUGCACUCUAGCCUGGCAACAGAGCAAGACUCCGUCUCAAAAAAAGGGCAAUAAAUUCCCUCUCUGAAUGUUUGAACUGCCAAGAAAAGGCAUGGAGACAGCAAACUAGAAGAAAGGGCAAGAAGGAAAUAGCCACCGUCUACAGAUGGCUUUGUUAAGUCAUCCGCAGCCCAAGGACGGGGCUAUGCCUGGUCUGGGGACCCUGUAGAGUCACUGACCCUGGAGCGGCUCUCCUGAGAGGUGCUGCAGGCAAAGUGAGACUGACACCUCACUGAGGAAGGGAGACAUAUUCUUGGAGAACUUUCCAUCUGCUUGUAUUUUCCAUACACAUCCCCAGCCAGAAGUUAGUUUCCGAAGACUGAAUUUUAUUUUACAGAGCUUGAAAACUCACUUCAGUGAACAAAGGGAUUCUCCAGGAUUCCAAAGUUUUGAAGUCAUCUUAGCUUUCCACAGGAGAGAGAGAACUUAAAAAAGCAACAGUAGCAGGGAAUUGAUCCACUUCUUAAUGUUUUCCUCCCUGGCAUGACCAUCCUGUCCUUUGUUAUUACCCUGCAUUUUACGUCUUUGGAGGGACAGCUCCCUAGUGGCUUCCUCCAUCUGCAACGUCCCUUGCACAGCCCACACAUGAACCAUCCUUCCCGUGAUGCCGCUCUUGUCAUCCCGCUCCUGUUGAAACACCUCCUGGGGACUCCACCUGUUCAGGAGCUGAAGCCCAUGCUUUCCCACCAGCAUGUCACUCCCAGACCACCUCCCUGCCCUGUCCUCCAGCUUCCCCUCGCUGUCAUGCUGUGUGAAUUCCCAGGUUGGCCUGGUGGCCACGUCACCUGCCCCCAGCACUCCUCUGUCUCUGCUCUUGCCUGCACCCUUCCUCCUCCUUUGCCUAGGAGGCCUUCUCGCAUUUUCUCUAGCUGAUCAGAAUUUUACCAAAAUUCAGAACAUCCUCCAAUUCCACAGUCUCCGGGAGACUUUCCCUAAGAGGCGACUUCCUCUCCAGCCUUCUCUCUCUGGUCAGGCCCACUGCAGAGAUGGCGGUGAGCACGUCAGGGAGGCUGGUCUCCCUCCAGCUGGAAUUGCUGCUCUCUGAGGGAGAGGCUGUGGUGGCUGUCUCUGUCCCUCACUGCCUUCCAGGAGCAAUUUGCACAUGUAACAUAGAUUUAUGUAAUGCUUUAUGUUUAAAAACGUUCCCCAAUUAUCUUAUUUAAUUUUUGCAAUUAUUCUAAUUUUAUAUAUAGAGAAAGUGACCAAUUUUUUAAAAAAAUCACACUCUAAGUUCUGUUGAACCUAGGACUUGAGCCUCCAUUUCUGGCUUCUAGUCUGGUGUUCUGAGUACUUGAUUUCAGGUCAAUAAUGGUCCCCCCUUACUCCACACUGGCACGUUUGUGAGAAGAAAUGACAUUUUGCUAGGAAGUGACCGAGUCUAGGAAUGCUUUUAUUCAAGACACCAAAUUCCAAACUUCUAAAUGUUGGAAUUUUCAAACACUGUGUUUAGAUUUUAUGAAAAACUCUUCUACUUUCAUCUAUUCUUUCCCUAGAGGCAAACAUUUCUUAAAAUGUUUCAUUUUCAUUAAAAAUGAAAGCCAAAUUUAUAUGCCACCAAUUGUAGGACACAAGCACAGUUUUAAGAGUUGUAUGAACAUGGAGAGGACUUUUGGUUUUUAUAUUUCUCGUAUUUAAUAUGGGUGAACACCAACUUUUAUUUGGAAUAAUAAUUUUUCUCCUAAACAAAAACACACUGAGUUUAAGUCUCUGACUCUUGCCUUUCCACCUGCUUUCUCCUGGGCCCACUUUGCCUGCUUGAAGUAACAGUGCUAUUCUGGAGCUGCUGUUCCAACAGACAGGGCCUAGCUUUCAUUUGGCACACAGACUACAGCCAGAAGCCCAUGGAGCAGGGAUGUCACGUCCUGAAAAGCCUAUUAGAUGUUUUACAAAUUUAAUUUUGCAGAUUAUUUUAGUCAUCCAGAAAAUGUGUCAGCAUGCAUAGUGCCAAGAAAGCAAGCCAAUUUGGAAACUUAGAUUAGUGACAAAAUUGGCCAGAGAGUGGGGGUGAUGAUGACCAAGAAUUACAAGUAGAAUGGCAGCUGGAAUUUAAGGAGGGACAAGAAUCAAUGGAUAAGCGUGGGUGGAGGAGGAUCCAAACAGAAAAGUGCAAAGUCAUUCCCCAUCUUCCAAGGGUUGAAUUCUGGAGGAAGAAGACACAUUCCUAGUUCCCCGUGAACUUCCUUUGACUUAUUGUCCCCACUAAAACAAAACAAAAAACUUUUAAUGCCUUCCACAUUAAUUAGAUUUUCUUGCAGUUUUUUUAUGGCAUUUUUUUAAAGAUGCCCUAAGUGUUGAAGAAGAGUUUGCAAAUGCAACAAAAUAUUUAAUUACCGGUUGUUAAAACUGGUUUAGCACAAUUUAUAUUUUCCCUCUCUUGCCUUUCUUAUUUGCAAUAAAAGGUAUUGAGCCAUUUUUUAAAUGACAUUUUUGAUAAAUUAUGUUUGUACUAGUUAAUGAUGAAGGAGUUUUUUUAACCUGUUUAUAUAAUUUUGCAGCAGAAGCCAAAUUUUUUGUAUAUUAAAGCACCAAAUUCAUGUACAGCAUGCAUCACGGAUCAAUAGACUGUACUUAUUUUCCAAUAAAAUUUUCAAACUUUGUACUGGUA